AUGAAUACAAACGUACAUGUCUUUAGUGUUUCACCAUUCCUCACAUUGACUGAGAAGGUAACUGUCGAAUAUCUCUGCCAACUAUUCUUCGGAGGUGAAUCUGUCAAACAUGGCGGUUUUACAUGCCCUGGCGGUAGUUUAGCCAAUCUAACAGCGAUGAUCACAGCACGAAGCAUUCUAUUUCCAGAGACAAAAGCAAAGGGAAUACAAGACCACAAAUUUCGUCUAUUUACAUCGGAACAUGCACAUUAUUCCUUCCAUAAAGCAGCUAUGACUGCCGGGAUGGGUAUAGAAACUGUGAUUUCCGUUGGUGUGAACUCACAAGGUCAAAUGGAGUCUGAGAAAUUACGUCAGGCCUUUCUCGAUAGUAAACUGCGAAACGAAACUCCAUUCUUUGUCUGUGCAACUGCAGGGACAACUGUCUAUGGCUCAUUCGAUCCGCUCAACGAGAUUGCUGAUAUUUGUGAAGAGUUUGGACUGUGGUUACACGUUGAUGCAUCGUGGGGCGGUGGUGUUAUAUUUAGUCCAAAGCAUCUGCAUAAACUAACUGGCAUCAAGCGUGCUAAUAGCAUUACAUUUAAUCCACAGAAAAUGCUUGGUGUCCCUCUGCUAUGUUCAUUUCUGUUACUUCGAGACAAGUCGGUCCUGGCUGCUAACUCAUUAGAUAACGCGAGUUACCUUUUUCACGAAGAGAAUGAAUAUGAUAAUGGCAGUCAAACACUUUGGUGCAGUCGUUUGGGCGAUGCUUUUAAAUUUUGGUUUAGUCUACAGUGGUAUGGUGAAGUUGGGUAUUGUAGACGAGUUGAACACGCAUUUGAGAUGGUAACGUUAUUUUAUGAAAACAUGUUAAAAAAUUCGAAUUUUGAAGUACUCCUGAAGCCAGCGUGUUUACAAGUAUGCUUUUACUAUCGGCCGAGUGAGGAUGGUGAAAGAAAUACGAAGAUGACUCAUGGGAUUGUUCAAGUUUUGAGAAAUGAAAGAAAGUAUUUCAUUGACUAUGCACAAGGAAAACGAGGAGAUUUCUUUCGAAUUGUAAUACAAAAUCCAUUGACGACGGAGGUGUUUAUUGACGAGGUGAUUAAGGAAAUUGAUGAAGCGGGGAAAAAACUUUUGCAUACACUCUAG